UCGCGGAUUCACUUCACAUGCUCACAUCCUCCUCCUUCGAAAGCAAACACAAGCAGCUGAGAUGGAUCAGAGGGCCGUGGAAUCUCGGAUCAUGAAGAAGCUGACGAAGUUGGCAGUGUUUUCGAUAUGGGUUUUGUCUGUUUUAUUCUCGAGCAUACUCGUCACUCACACAAUUGACAAGAACUACGUGUUCUUGUUUUGCAAUGGGCUCCUGGCCUUCGUUGUGAGGCACUCCGGCCUCAUCAAUUCUAAAGAAAGCUCUGGCAAAUUCCAUCAAAACAGAGCUUCCGAGAGUUACAACGAUGAGUUCGAACAGAUGGAACAGACGCAGGAAGUCACGGAGACGGCGUCGGAUAAUGGGGAAGAGCCUGCAAAAGAUAUCUAUGUGGUUCAAGAAGAUCGCAACAGAGGAAAUGGCGAUGGAGAAGAACAGCGCACAGAAGAAGAAGAAGGAGAAGAAACAGAAGACCAAGAAGAAGAAGAUGAUUGUGAUGAUUCUUGUGGAGGAUUCGGAGAAGAAGAGGAGGAGGAUGGGGAAGAAAACGAGAGAGCGAUGAAGGUGGAGGAGCUGAACAAGAAGUUCGAAGAGUUCAUCAGAAAGAUGAAGGAAGAGCUGAGGAUCGAAGCUCGUAGACACUUAAUCCUUGUCUAAUCCUAGUGUUUAGUUUUGAUUGUUCCUAAUUAAUUAGUCUCCCUCGGCCCAUGUAUACAUAAAUAUAAAGCUCCCAUUAAA